GCAGAACCGGAAAUAAAAUGCGCGAAGGGAAUAGACCAAUCAGAACACGAUUCUUGCCUUCUGGGGCGGGAUGGAUUGGAAGGAUGUCCUGAGAGCCAAUCGGAGACCAAAGCUAGAAAGGGGCGUGUCUGGCGCUGUCAGGGCAGCCACGGCCGCUGUCACCUUGGCCGCUGCUUCUGCCAGGCUGAGAAGAUGACUGUGGGGAGACCUGCGGGCGCCACCGGCAGCGCAGAGUGCAGCCGUCAGGUAUUCCCUCCCAAAUCCUCCUCAGACAGUGAGGCAGAAGAUGAACUGUCUGGGGAUGGGCUGGCGUUGCCCAGGGCUGGCAAACUGCAUGAGUUCCUCAGCCCAGAAGAGGACACAGACUCUACUUCUGACUCGACUGGGAGCUUUUACGAGACCCUGCAGGUUCUGAAGCAGGAAGGCAGCUGGGGUCUGCUGGAGUCCCUCUUUGCCUCUGACCCAGACAGUGGUGAGAGCUUCUCUGAAGAUGAGGACCUGGAGAGUUUCUUCCAGGACAAGGGCCGGGGGAGGCCGCAGGUCAGAUGCCCUCCAUCUCUGAGGUGUGGCUCCACAAGGCGCUGCAGUUCCCUGAGCAGCCUUCCCUGCGACAUCCCCAGGGCCCGGGCACAGCCGCCCUCAGGCUCCGGGCCUCCUUCCCGGCACAGAAGCAUCCGCUCCUGGGCGUCCUCCAUCACUGUCCCGCGUCCAUUCCACAUGACGCUGCGUGAGGCCCAGAAGAAAGCCCAGUGGCUGGCGUCGCCGGCCUCCUUUGAGCAGGAGAGGCAGCAGGCCCAGAGGCAGGGCCAGGAGGAGGCCGAGUGCCACCGGCAGUUCCGGGCACAGCCUGUGCCCGCGCACGUCUACCUGCCCCUCUACCAGGAGGUCACGGCGCGCAGGGAGGCCCAGAGGCGGGAAGGGAUCAGGAAGAGGAAGGAACUGCUCCUGUCCUCCCUGAAGCCCUUCAGCUUCCUGGAGAAGGAAGAGCAGCGAAAGGAAGCUGCGCGGCAGAGAGACCUGGCUGCCACAGAGAAGGCCGAGGCCCCCCGAAGGAAAGCCCCCCGAAGGAUCCCAAAGUCCGUUCUGGAGCCAGCGCUGGGGGACAGACUGGAGGAAGCUGAGCUCUUCAGGAGAAUCCGCAUCCAGACGCGGGCCCUGGACACGCUCCACAAGGCCUGCGCGCCCCUCGCCGCCUCCAGCGGCCGGCCGGACCCCCGGGCCCGCGCGGCCGCCCGCACGCGGGAGAAGCAGCUUGGCUUCCUGCACACCGACUUCGGGUUCCAGCCUCGGGUGAACCCUGUCGUCCCUGACCACGAGGCCCUCUUCAGGGCUUUCCAGAGGAGGGCGGCGAAGAGAAGGGAGACCCGAGAGGCCACGCGCAGCAAGCCUUUCUUGCUGAGGACCCCCGGCCGGUGCCGCCCUCCGGGGCCCUGUGACGCCGCCGCCGGAGGGAGGAGGGGCUCCCCCCAGCCAGCAGCCACAGCCCGGCCCAGGAGUGCUUCGCUGAGUGGCCUUGCCUCGCUCUCUGUCAACACCCUCCCUGUGCACAUCACGGACGCCGCCAGGAAGAGGGAGUCUGCAGUCAGAAGUUUGCUUGAAAAAAAGGAGCAAGCGGAUGAGAGUAUUCAGUGGUUGGAGAUGCACAAAAAGAAAUGUCAAGCGCUGUCUAGGUCUGUGGCCCUGCGUGCAAAAGCCAUGGAUCCCCAUAAGAGCCUGGAGGAGGUGUUCAAAGCCAAGCUGAGAGAGAACCGGAACAAUGACCGUAAAAGAGCAAAAGAAUAUAAGAAAGAACUGGAAGAAAUGAAGAAGAGAAUACAAGCAAGGCCCUAUCUCUUUGAACAAGUUACCAAGAUGCAGGCCUUGAAGGGCUCGGGUGCUCACAUGCAGCUCACCAGGCUCCUCCCAGACGAGGCGGCUUUCAGGCAGAAGCAUGUGGAGACCCCCCCCCCCGACCCCCAGGGAAGGCAGAUCCCUGAGCUCUCCCCACGAGUGCCGGAGCUGCCUGCAUGGCCCAAAGGGCCGCUGUCCCGAACACCCGGGCUGCAUCAGGCUCUGUGGGUCCCUUUACUCUGCACUUUCAGCACUUGGGGUUCCCUAGUGACUGGUUCUGAUUGCUGGGCAUUAGCUCCACCCCCAGCUAGAGCUUAAUCUAGGCAUCUGCGGGUCAACUCCAGCCCCACUGCCCAUCCCCAAGUCACACGCAGGCUGGGCUCUCUUGGAUUUGCUUAGUGUCUCUCAAGCUAUCCAGGUGUAGUACAAAUGCCUGUAAUCCAAGCGGCCUGGGAGGCAGAGACAGGAGAAUGGCAGGUGUGAGGCGAGCCUGGGCAACUCAGAGACCCUACCUCAAAAUAAAAACUAAAAAGCCUGGGCAGGUAGUUGAGCACCACCUGGACUCCACCCCCACCACCAAAACAAGCCUCCCACCCUGACCUUUCCCUUUCAGCUAUUGCCUUGAAAGCAGCCAGUGUAGUCUUCAGAUCUCAACAGGUCCUUGGCAACACUAGGAAAGAUACAAAGUACUCUAUUACAACUUUUGCUCUUCAAUAAACAUUUUAUUAAGGUGUCCUGA